GCAAAUCUUGGCAGAAUUUAAGGUCAGAGCUCUGGAAUGUCACCCUGACAAGCAUCCUGAAAACUCCAAAGCUGUGGAGACUUUUCAGAAACUGCAGAGGGCAAAGGAGAUUCUAACCAAUGCGGAGAGUAGAGCCCGCUACGACCAUUGGCGAAGGAGCCAGAUGUCGAUGCCAUUCGAGCAGUGGGAAGCCUUGUCUGACUCAGUGAAAACUUCAAUGCACUGGGCUGUGAGAAGUAAGAAAGACUUGAUGCUGGAAGGAACUGGCCAGACUUACACCAACAUGGUUCAAAACCAGGAACCGAACGAACAAAGAGAAACAAAGAAAGGGGACCCAGAUUCAACCACCGAGAAAAUUAUGCAAAAGAAAGCUGGGUCCCCAGUGAAGGGCCUCUCCCCCGCAAACCCAGACUUUCCAGGUCUCUCCGAUUUGGACCGUGGCCACCUUCGCUCCUGCUGGUCUGGCGACGCUCCCUCGGAACUCUUGAGGAAGUUCAGAAACUAUGAAAUCUGAGGGGACUGAAUCGGGGACCUCCCGGACACUCUGUACCACUGAUGCUUACCUCUUGUCGCUCAACCAUGUUGUUUAGGUGAGAAAAGUGUUGUAAGUCUAGUUUAUUUCAACAUUUGAGUAAAUUAAAGAUCUUAGAUACAA